UUGUUGCAAUGCCAGUUGUCUAACAUUACCGUCUCUGUUGCUACUAGCUAACUUAUAAUCAGAAGUUAAUCCAAACAGAUCAUUCAGUGAUGAAUUUAACAUCAACCAGGUUAAUAUAUUUUACAUAGCUAGCCAUCCUCCAAUGUGGGUAGCUAGUUAGCUAGCAUUGAAUUAGCGUAAGACUUUAAAACAAACGCCGGGUAUUAGCCUAGCUAGCAAACACAACAAACGUAUGUUGGUGACUGCACUACGCCAACGUUAGCUUUAUUUGAGCAACAUAUAGCUUACUGGUUAACUAUAUCAUAGAAAGUUGCAGAAUAUAUUUUAUUGAUAGCAAAUAUACAGUUCAGAACGAACCUCAAGCUGUCCAGGCAGCGCCGUUGCUGUAUGAGUCAUGACCAAUGAUGCAAACAAGUUGGAUGUCGAACUACAACUUCCACACGAUUGCGUAACAACAGACACCACAGGUUUUUGACCAAAGAUAUAUACUUCGAGAUAAUUGAUAUAUAUGUUGGGGGUUUUAGAUAGCAAACAGUGAUCAUUACAGUAGCUAAAUCAAUCGUACAAGGGAAGAAAACGUUUAAUUAACUUAUGUGGAAACCAAAAGAAAGACUACAGUUUCCAUAAUUCUUCGCUCUCGUCAUUGAAACGUCAUCGGGUUGCGGCGGCGACAGGAUCGGCGGUGUUGUGAUUGAAUGAAAGGCUCAACACUGCAAUUUAUGUAAACUUUGACCUGAUAUCCGAUUUUAAUUUUAUUAAAAUGAUUCACGAGCUCCUGUUGGCGUUAAGUGGAUACCCUGGGACUAUAUUCACAUGGAACAAACGGACAGGUUUACAGGUCUCCCAGGACCUGCCCUUUCUCCAUCCCAGUGAGACCAGUGUCCUGAACCGCCUCUGCAAACUGGGAUCCGAUUACAUUCGCUUCACAGAGUUCAUAGAGCAACACACAGGCCAUGUCCACCAGCAGGAGCACCACUCCAUUCAGACAAACCAGGCCGGACUCAAUGGGGUUUACCUGCGGGCUUUCUGCACGGGACUGGACUCCAUGCUACAGCCUUAUAGACAGGCUCUCCUGGACCUCGAACAAGAGUUUCUUGGCGACCCACAUCUCUCCAUAUCUCAUGUGAAUUAUAUGUUGGAUCAGUUUCAGUUGCUGUUUCCCUCUGUUAUGGUGGUGGUGGAGACAAUAAAGUCCCAGAAGAUCCACGGCUGUCAGAUCCUGGAGACGGUGUACAAGCACAGCUGUGGAGGUCUGCCCCCUGUUCGCAUGGCCCUGGAGAAGAUCCUGGCGGUGUGCCACGGGGUGAUGUACAAGCAGCUGGCGGCGUGGAUGCUGCAUGGUCUGCUGCUGGACCAGAGUGAGGAGUUCUAUGUGAAGCAGGGGCCCAGCGCUGGAGGGGCCGCCGCCAACCAGGAGGAGGACGAGGAGGACCUGGGGAUUGGAGGCCUCAGCGGUAAACAGCUGAAAGAACUACAGGACCUGAGGCUGAUAGAGGAAGAGAACAUGCUGGCUCCGUCCCUGCAGCAGUUCUCUCUGCGGGCUGAGAUGCUGCCCUCCUACGUCCCCAUCCGUGUGGCUGAGAAGAUCCUCUUCGUGGGGGAGUCCGUCCAGAUGUUUGAGAACCACAACCACAGCCCGUCCAGAGCUGGCUCUAUACUGAAGCACCAGGAGGACAUGUUUGCUACAGAGCUGCACCGUCUCAAACAGCAGCCCCUCUUCAGCCUAGUGGACUUUGAGAACCUCAUAGACGGCAUCCGCAGCACCGUGGCAGAGCACCUGUGGACAUUAAUGGUGGAGGAAUCUGAUCUCCUGGGGCAACUGAAGAUCAUAAAGGACUUUUACCUGUUGGGCCGUGGUGAGCUGUACCAGGUGUUCAUUGACCACGCUCAGCACAUGCUCAAGACCCCACCCACGGCUGUCACUGAACACGAUGUAAAUGUGGCCUUUCAGCAGGCUGCCCACAAGGUGUUGUUGGACGACGACAACCUCCUGCCUCUCCUGCACCUCACCAUCGACUACCAGGGGAAGGAGAGCAAAGAUGCCACAGGGACCAGGGAAGGGGCCACUCCCCCACAGGAGUCCUCCCCCAGGGAGGUGCCCCCUACGGGCUGGGCUGCUCUGGGCUUGGCCUACAAGGUCCAGUGGCCCCUGCACAUCCUCUUCACCCCUGCCGUUCUGGAGAAGUAUAAUGUGAUAUUUCGUUACCUGCUGAGUGUGCGGCGGGUGCAGUCUGAGCUGCAGCACUGCUGGGCUCUACAGAUGCAGAGGAAACACCUCAAAUCCAACCAGACAGACGCUGUCAAGUGGAGGCUACGCAACCACAUGGCUUUCCUGGUGGACAAUCUGCAGUACUACCUACAGGUGGACGUGCUGGAGUCUCAGUUCUCUCAGCUGCUGCAGCAGAUCAACUCCACCAGAGACUUUGAGAGCAUCCGGCUGGCCCACGACCACUUCCUUAGCAACCUGCUAGCACAGUCCUUCAUCCUGCUCAAGCCGGUGUUCCACUGUCUGAAUGAGAUCCUGGAGCUGUGUCAUAACUUCUGCUCAUUGGUCAGCCAGAACGUGGCUCCGCUGGAUGAGAGAGGAACAGCCCAACUGGACAUCUUGGUCAAGGGUUUCAGUCGUCAGUCCUUCCUGCUCUUCAAGAUCCUGUCAGGUGUCAGAAACCACCAGAUCAACUCUGACCUGGCUCAGCUGCUGCUCAGGCUGGACUACAACAAGUACUACACCCAGUCAGGAGGCACCCUGGGCAGUUUCUGAUUGGGAGAGAAAAUGGAGGAUUUCCAGAGGUCUUGAGUAACAAGCAUUCCAGACCAUUUAUCUUCAAGUCGGAUGGAAGGACUUGAAAAUCAGUAUGUUGUUGCAUAACCCCAUUGUGUCCUGAAACGUCUUUGAUACUCUCUUCGUUUCAAUGAAUGUCCUGUAUGGUUCCUCUAGCCUGGUCCCAGAUCUGUUUGCUCUGUAUGAGUUGGCUAUACAGCACAAACAGAUUUUGAGAACAGGCUGUUUCAAUCAGAUACAAGCUCUGUUACUUACCCUAUUGUAUAAAUUGUAAAUACUGUAUCAUUAAUGUGUGCCUUUUCAUGAAGAAACAGACAAAUAAACCAUCAUUAAA